CGUGAUUCGUGUUCGCAUUUCCAACGCUUCCCUCAAGCGAUUUUUUUUUUACUUUUCAGCUCUUCAUAAUAACUAAUUUGAGUUUGCAGUUGAGGGUAUGUAGAAUUUCUAUUUUUUAGGAGGGUGUUUUUUAAAUUCUGGCGUUGUGCAGCUAAAUUCUGGGACCGCGUAGAAUCAAUGCUGAAUUUCCUAAAAGAUAUAUCUUCGGUUUAUCUAAUUAAGUCACUUCUACUAGGUAAACGAGGUUGUAAGGCUUACUGUUAGCAAUGUCCACCGACUGAAUACCGACCAAACAUCUACACCACUAGAAUGAACACACUGGAAACCACUACCACACGCAUGCAAGUCAGGGAAAUUACUCGGGUCACUAUUACCAGCCUGCGGGUGAGAAAGAUGACACGAUUACCACUAGGAUACGCAUGAAGAUGGUGACUACUACUAGGAUGAUGAUGAUGAUGAUGAAACUACUCGGGGAACCUUGGAACCUGGGAACCGUUGGGACCUUGGUGCGGUUUGUCAUUCUGGUGGGGAUCUUCAUACCAUGGGAGGAACAUACGAAGGACCAGGAACAUAGGCGGGAACGACUGAAAUCAGAACCAGCAACAUAGGGACUCGGGUGGAUCCUUAUGGUGAUUCGUCACAAACUCGAUCAGUGUCUUGGUUGAUCUUGAUCUUGCCUACAUUCCCCCUCCCAAAGUAAGGACCACCACACAAAACUACACACACCAAGUGUUACACACGACUCUCGAUUACAACUUCGAGAAAGUGACAAAAUGCGCUCUGGCUACGGACCUCAACUUUUCGUCGUCUUGCGCACGAAAUAGCUGUAGAUAUUUGACACUACUCAGACCUUUCGUGAGAGGGUCUGCACGGUUCAAGUCCGUUGGACAAUAACACAGGUUCUUGACAUGGUCGCGAACUGCGUGAUACCGAAGAUCGAUAUGCUUCGAUCGCUUCGUCGUUACUGUAGACUUACUGAGACCUAGAGCAGACUGACUAUCCACGAACACAAGUGGAACACCUCCUGAGCCUUCUGUCUCUAGAUACCAAUCAAGAAAGCCUUGGGCCGUACACAUCUUGAUAGUGUCAUAUACAGCGACAUACUCAGCCUCACAAGUGCUAUGUGCUCUGACUGUUUGUCGUUUGACGGACCACGCAGCGGGAACUCCGCGAAAGUACAAGAUACUACCACUGGUUGACUUCAAGGUUACCGUACAACCAGCAAAGUCAGAAUCGCUGAACGCAACUGACUUACCUACCUCUUUACCAGCUUCCGCUGCUACCUUUCUGUAUACUUUGUUGAAACCAGUCUCGAUCUCGGGGGAGUAUUCGAGACCUACGUCUUUUGUACCUUUUAAGUAUUGAAGAAUGCGCUUUGCUCGCUUCUUCGUGUUCUCAGUGGGGUUAGCCACUUCACGGGCCACGCGUUGUACUGCGAAUACUAUGUCCACUCUACACAGGGUUGCGAUAUACAUCAAACCUCCGACCAGACUACGCAACGGGAAGUCGCCAGUCAUAGGGGUAUCGGAUUCAGGACUGUACAACACGGGCGAGGACACAGCUCGACACUCGGUCAUGUUGAAUUUUCGCAAUAGACGAUCGACUGCUUCACGCAUGUGAAUCUUGCACCACCGUCGGGUAGAGUUAUACUCUAAUACUGCUCCCAACAUGUCCCAAACUUUAGUGCCGUCGUCUUUUACAUCGGGAUCGAUCACCUUACCGGGGUACUUAGCGAGAAUUUUACCCAUCUCACUUUUCACAAUUUCAACAGACGCACCACUGAUUAUGUUGUCGUCAACAUAAACACUCAAUGUGAGGACACUACCUCAGACUUCUUUUCGAAAUAGGCCGGGUUCACGGGGACACAUCUCCCAACCAAGUUCUUCUAAACACUUUCGAUAACAAUCGAACCACCUUCGGGGGGCGAUUCGAAGUCCAUACAGAGACUUCAUUAACCUUACCAAGUCACCUUUUGGAUUGUCACUCCAAUGCUUGGGAAGUCGUACUAUGACUUUCUCGUCGCCUAGAGCUGCACUAAUGAGCGCAUUGCUUAUGUCGAAAAAUUCAACAUAGUGUCCUUUUGCAGCUGCGUCAUAGAGAAGCACUCUGUUAGCGGCGUGGGAGAUCGUUGGGGAGUAGAUCUCACCACACAUCGACGCUUUCUGCCGAUUACCUAACGCAACAAGUCGGGCUUUAUACCUACCACACCUCUUACGAGUAUAGAUGACCACACUAGGCACGAUUUCAUCUCCUGGCUGAAGCUCUCCUUCUUCUAAAGGUCGCCAGCACUUCUUCGCCUCGAGUGCUAAACGCUCCUUGUCGUCUGCUUCCAACCAUUUGACGGCAUCGGGACCUUCGUGGGCCUCGGACCUUGUCACCGUUACUGUGUACAAGUAGGACUCUUCCUCUGUUUCAUCAAAGUACUUUUGGCACAUCUCUGGCACAUCUUUACCAAUGUCAGGCAGGUUGCUUUGCAUUUCGUCUAUAGCGUCUACUGUCUGAGCAUAGGCGAAGCUAUCUGCUACCAACAUGCACGACAAGAGGGCACUUGCUCUACAAAAUGCUGCUACAGAAGUCGGCUUGGGGCCAGGCUUCUUCCACCAUGGUUUUGCUUUACAACCUUUUGGACGACCGCGCUUACGCUUCGUAACACCAGGGGGGGAAUCAGCAGGAGUUUCUUCUUGCUGAUCGUUACUACUACUAGCGGGAGAAGGGGAAGACGGAUUAUUUACUUCGGGGGGUACUGACGCAUCCGAAUCACCAUUCACCGCACCCACCUGGGGAAGAUCCACUGGGGGAUCGCUAUCGACGACAUUAUCACCUACAGACUGUUCAGGCGCACUCUCGUCACCCUUGUCACCAGGAGCCACACUAUCCAGGUGAUCAGAUCCGGUAGGAGCCACACUAGGAUCGUCAGGCACCCGAGGAGCAACACCAAGAACAUCUUCAGGGGAUAUAUUUACUUCUUCAAGUUGCUUGUAGUCGGGAUACUUUACAAAUACUCCUUCCUAGUCGGGUUUUAGGUCGUCGAUGUUGGAAAUCUAUCAAGACAGACUCAUCAAAUCGAACAGUUCUGCUUUCAAUGGCGGCAAACUUCAUGCCGAGGGCUGUUCGAUUAUCCUCCCUCCAGACACCUACCAAGAAACACGAAUUAUAUUACGCGAAUACCCUAGAAAUAUACCGCGCUCGGCUCUGGGGGCCAACUUGCUCGAAGUUGCUACGUGAAUCUUUGCAAAACACAAACACCCAAAACGACGGAAGUGCUUCGUAGAAGGCUUCCUGCCGUAACGUUUCUCAAAGACGCUCACUCCGUCCCUUCUAGGUAGUCUUUGAUAAACGUGAGGCACGUAGUCUUCUGCACACCAAGACCAGACUCUGUUGUCGACUCCGAUGAGGUUUGUACGGAUCGCGUUUUGCGAAGUCUGAUUCCAUCUUUCUACGAUGCCAUUACGCCAUGGGGUGUAUACUGCACUAUACUCAGCGCGAAUUGGUGGGACUUGCUUUGCACAAAACAGACGCCAGCGAGACCUUUCACCCUUGAAAGCAGGCUCGUUGUCACUACGAACGGUUUCCAUCUGUUUGCUGUCUCUGAUCCACCUUCGGAGACCAAGAUGACCCUCAUCUUUAGCUUUCAAUGCGUAGUUUUCUGGCCAGCCUGAGUGCUGAUCUAUCAUAGACAGACACCAGAUUUCACCAGUAACAGCACGGGGGUACUGUCCUGUAAAGUCACAGUCUACUUUCUCAUUGAAUUUGGUCACCACCGUGUGAGCAGGCCGCUCACCAGCGCCGGAAGCCCUAACUUUUGACAUGUUGCACUCGUGACAGUUAUCGAUUACUAGACCUGGGACGAAAAGAUGUCCACAUUGCUGAUGGACCCUAAGCUUAGCCGCAGUGGAGAGUGAAGCCGAAGCCCCCUCCUGAACCUUAACUGGGCUAGCCGAAGUUGACUCUGUCUUCUUGUAAAAGUCAACGUCUACCACAGGUAGACCUGUUUGGGUUUCGUUGUAUACGGGGACACACCAACCAGAAGCCUUAUGCAGGAUAUGCGACUCUGGUUUAUCGAGAACUACUUUGUAACCGUCCUCGUUUAGUGCAUCAGCACUGACUAACAUCCGAGUAAGCUCCGGAUGGAAAAGGCCAACCGUGAGCCCCAAGGAAUUCUCUUUGAAGAUACCUCUCACAGCGGGGCGCGAAAGUGCUCUGUCCGCCACAUUUAGCUUGACGCGCUGUGCGGGGUACACACACUUAAAAAGACUUUUAUCACCACUCAUGUGGUGCGAGGCACCACUGUCACAAACACAGGGGACCACAGUGCUUACUUUCCUUUUCUUGUAAACACCACCAAGAAAACAACUACCAUCAUCUUCAUCAUCAUUACCAUUACCUUCACCGUCAUCAUUACUCUUACUAUCUAUCUCACCACUUAAAUGCAGACGAUAAUCUUUAUUCUUUGAAAACAGUACAGAGUCUCCUUUGUUUUGUUGUUGUUGUUUUUCUUCUUUGCCAUCGUCUUGAAUAUGCAGGAUCGAUGUGUGCGUUGCUGUUGCUGUUUCGUUCGUGACAACAGCAGCGCCAUCCGCCUUCUUUUCUUCUGAAGUGGAUGCCCGGCCACCUUCUUGGGUGCCGCUGAAAACCGAGCACAAACUCGUUACUUUUCUUUGUUCUUGUUCUGGUUGCAAGUUACUUAAGUUACUCCUUUUACGGUCUGAAUGCAAAUUACUUACUUUACUUUCUUGCUGCAAAUACUUACUUACGGUCUUUUGUUGUUCUUUGGAUGCAGGAUAAUACUCAUUCAAAUGCAAGCUAAAACGGACUCUCUUCUUCAGAGCAACUGUUUCUUCACGAUGCUCUGUGUCUUCUUCUUCUUCCUCCUCUUUGCUUUGGUCUUCUCCUCUUUGACCUUCUUGUUCAGCACUGCCUAAAGCAGCAUCUUUACCAAGAUUUUCAUCUUGUUCUACCAAGAAAGAAGUUGCUCACUUCUUUCCUCCCGCCUGGGGACAUGCUGCGCGCGUGUGCCCCUUCUUGCCACAUAAGUGACAAGUUCGCUGUGCUGGUUCUACCCAUCCUCCGGUGGAUGUGUUGUUGUCUUUGCCGUGCUUUCCUUUACCUUUGCCUUUGCCUUUCUUCUUUUCAAAGGGCUUACGUACCUGCCAAGGGUUACCACCGGAAAGCAAAGCUUUCGCGUUUUGCUUCUGCAUCUGAGUAUUGAUAGCACCACAUACCAAACUUUUCAACUCAGCCCUUGACACAAAAGCGCCACCAGCUUCUUCUUGUUGGACCUUCUUGCUGUUGGUCGUUGUACCGGCGGACGACAUCUUUGCGCGACUGUCGUCUUCGCCCUGCAACCGGAAAUGCUCUUCAUACUCACGAGCAUAGGUCCUUAGUUCUUCUGUUCCUUUCGAUCCACCAAUUACAUGAGGGAUCAUUUGAGAGGACAGAGGAUCUCCUAGGCGGUAGAAGAUCCCGAAACGUAGAAGUUCUUGAACAUCUACUUUACCACCGAGCUCAUCACGCAAGAUGGCCUCCUUCCUGUCGAUGAAUGCAUCGACUGUUUCUUCCGGUUGCUUCGCCGAGUCUACCAAAGACUCAAUGCUGCUCAUGCGUGCGUGUUCUGUUGCCUCGGUGCAACGCUUAUGGAGUUUCUUCAACUUUGCCAUAAACGUGCGGCCUUCACCUGGGUUAGUGGUCGUAACAGCUUGCAGCUGUUUACCUUUGACGGCACCUGGAAGACCCAUUGCGAGUCUGCGUAAGGUGUUGCUUUCGUUUAAGCUCCACUCUACUUCUGUACCGGCCAGAUCCUGCUGGAUCUUGGUCGAAAGGGUGUCCGGACCGUGGGCGUCCGCCACCGUUAACACAUGCUCCAACCAAGCAUGCCAUUCUUCCUUCUGCGUAAUCUCGGGCAGAACAAUUGGCCUAGGGGGCGCCAUUGUUUCGGUACUUGGUGGGGCUGGCGGCUCUCCUCCACCUGUUUCGUCUCCUGCCAUUCUUCAGACUGUUGAACGAAUGCGAAAAUUUUAGCUGCCUAGUACUGCUAUCCUACUACUGCAAACAUACAAAGGCGAAAAGGAUGGUAAUAGAAUGUUAGCAAUGUCCACCGACUGAAUACCGACCAAACAUUUACACCACUAGAAUGAACACACAGGAAACCACUACCACACGCAUGAAAGUCAGGGAAAUUACUCGGGUCACUAUUACCAGCCUGCGGGUGAGAAAGAUGACACGGUUACCACUAGGAUACGCAUGAAGAUGGUGACUACUACUAGGAUGAUGAUGAUGAUGAUGAAACUACUCGGGGAACCUUGGAACCUGGGAACCGUUGGGACCUUGGUGCGGUUUGUCAUUCUGGUGGGGAUCUUCAUACCAUGGGAGGAACAUACGAAGGACCAGGAACAUAGGCGGGAACGACUGAAAUCAGAACCAGCAACAUAGGGAUUCGGGUGGAUCCUUAUGGUGAUCCGUCACAAACUGGAUCAAUGCCUUGGUUGAUUUUGAUCUUGCCUACACUUACAAAAAUCCUAAUCCAGCAAAAAAAGUACUUAAUAUAAUAUAUAUAAAGGCUUGAAAACACCUCUCGUUCUACCCCUUGUGAUCGUGUCUAUUCAUGCCUAACUCUCCUCCUUCAUAAAAUAAGUAUCGCGGAGCCGAUCAAGACUUCGGUUGUAGGCGAUGGGUAUAUGCUGUCGCUCACGCAAAGUGGACGUGUGAUGGCAUGGGGCGCAUCCAGAGCAGGAUGUCUCGGUCUAGGAGCGGACAAAACGAUCUCAUCCAGACCAGAACAGGUUCUUUUCAUUGUGUAUAAGAACUUGCUCGUUGAAAGAACAGGAACAUUAUGUAGUUGUAUUCAUAUUGACCAUCUACAACUAGUAGACCAUCAUCCUCUCGGCUCGUUGUGAAGGAUCCAUAACCUGUAACCUAACCUAGUACAACUACUGAUACCUCUACUUGCAUCAACUACUUCACACGCAACAAAAAAGAAAGGUGACGAUCAUGCCUUCUCAACACGAACACCAGAUAGAGUUUCCGGCGCCUCCCGGCGCUUCAGAAGAUAGCGGGCCUGUGAGAGUUAAGUGCUGGUCAGUACCAAGCGAAAUGACUCAGUCUUAUUUCAAACCCUACAGUUCUCCUUCUCUCUUUAUUUUCAGCCAUUUCUAAAUCAUCAUUCAAAUCCUACAGUUGUAGUUCUCCUUCUCUCUUUAUUUUCAGCCAUUUCUAAAACAUCAACCGUGAUUGUUGAGCUAGUGCGUGGAGAACAGCAUAUUCUCGCACGCUGCGACAGAGGUCGCGUUUAUGCGUGGGGAACGAACGCGACUGGGCAAUUGGGAGUAGGCGCGCCAUCCGGAAACGAUAUUCACUCGGCACCUGUGCUGGUACUAAUGUUCAAACGGAGGCAACAAGAGCCUAUCUUCCUCCUGAUGUAAAUGUAAUUAUUAUGUACUUAGAUCGGAGACACACUCACUGUCUUAUUAUUAUGUACUUCUAAACAAUUCAUCAUCCUUCUUAUUAUGUACUUAGUUGCAAGUACCUACACCAUUAAGGGUCACAAGAGCUUCAGAUGCUGAUGUAAUGUACUUAGUCGCUAACAGAAUACUCGGAGUCGUUGUAGAUUAGGCAGGUGAAGAUAAAGCAAAAAAGUACAGGGUGAGAACGACCAGUACAGCUACAGGGUUAGAACCCCGUUCAGUUAUGGUUGUUUUCUUCUUCGAGAUCGAGGAGCUAGAAGACCUAGGAUCCAGAGAAAAGACAACAAUUCUGUAGUAAGCAUGCAAACACUAACUAAGUUACUAUUCUUAUAAGAUGUCGCUUCCUAACCUUAGCCUUGAUGAUCUCAGCCACUUAUCACAAGGUAACCUUCCCUCGUGACGAAGGUAGCACCGCUUUGAUGCCGCAGAUCAUUCAAGUCGUGGCGACAGGCAAUAGUAGCUUUGCUUUGUCCCGAUCAGGCGAAGUCUUUUCUUAUGGAGUAACAGUAAACAUCAAGUCAGUGAUGAACGCAUGUUGAGCAUCUUUCGAGAUACACUACACUACGAAGACAAGUAGAUGAACAACUACAUCACUUUCUACUAGCCUUACCAAUGUUAUCGACUAUGCUGAGCUUGAACAUGAGCAUCUUCGGCCUUUUAUAUUGCAGUCUGUUAUCAUAAGCAUAUCUCUAAUCCCAAUGGGGGGCGAACAAGAACUUUCUACUCGGCCUCGAGGGCGUCAAAGCGUCCUUUGUGGGGAAGCCGACGAAGAAUACGGCACUAAACCUGGCGAUAGACGAACUAGGACAAGAAACCCCUGUUUUUGUUACGAAACUUCAGGUACUUUGAAAAUUAUUUCAGUGCCUGUCAUAUUCUAAUUAGGUCCUUCACCGACACCGAGUGAUCUGAUACUGAUCUAGCCCAGCCAUUUCCUGCUUGUACUUCGUCGUAAAGAACGCAUGAUCCUAGUAUUACUACUGACAACAAUUUCUUCUAGUACAACUCCACCUCAAAAGUCGAAAACGCUCCACCUCUACCUCACAGAUAUGCGACUUAAAUCUCAUUUGUGCUAUUGUGAACCCUGAUCGUGAUGCAGUGGAAGAAGUGGCAGCCAAUGCCCUUGGCGGCGGCGCUGGAGGGAGUUUAGCUUCUGAACCCGGUGCAGGACCCGGAGGGGAACAGAGCGAACUCUUUGACGGGAUAUUGAUUUAAGCCGAGGGCAAGAGGAAAAAUUGUGUUAAUAAUCAGGAGAGCGCAUAGAUCUUACGCUUACAAGUAGAUACUCUUCGUUCGUACGUGAGUCGCCUUCAUCCCUUCUAAGGAUUGCGUAGAUAUUCUUUUUCCUACGUGAGUCGCCUUCAUCCCAGCCCUUCUAAGGAUUGCUGCGUGAGACAAUUCGAAAGGCAAGAAUUUGGACUGACAAGCUAAACAAGGGCUACCCCUUCGUGACCAGUACGAAGGAUGAGCAGCAGGUCAUCAUGUCUGGAGUGGAUGAAACUGGGUAUGGCAUUCGGAAAUACUAAGCCUAAGCGUAAGCCUAGUCCUUAAUACAGGUCAUAUUCUACAGAUCUUAACAAAGCCGUAGCUCGCUCUGCUAGUAGAACUAAGUAGAAGUUUUCUGUUUUUUUCCCAUGCAUAGCCGCGCCGGCCAUGUUUAUUCAUAGACCAAAUCUUAGUCCUGCCCACGACCUCCUCUCAAAUUCUGGGAUUCGACAUCCGGGAUAAUUAAGGCAGGUAUGGACCUGCUCUCUUCAGUCACCGGUGCUCGCAAUCCAGGCACAAGGGACAUGGCCGAAGUAGGUGCCGGCGUUUUUCCGGAAGAAGGCGCUACGGACGUAGUAUCAGACGCGCAGAUUGAUGAGGGCCAGAACUACAUCAAUUCCAUAGUCGCGCAGUUGACACAGGAGAGAGCUAGUAUCGGAAAGCAGUUUCCAUCCGCAGGGAAUAUAGCGUUUCUGCUCGACGUUUUUGUCGUAUGGCCUCCUCUGUGCUGGAACCUUUUUUCAAAUUUCGAUUACCACGCAUCUAAGUACUUCCUAAAUUCGAUGAGGAACAACAAGUAGAAGUUAGAUUUAGAAGUGAGUGUUAAAAACUUUUUGUAGAAGUACUAAACACGUCUUCUUCUAGUCCCUCCCCCCCUUGUGAAAGUAUCCAAUGCUAAGGACCAGCACCCGCAACUUCUCUCCUACAAGAAACGUCUUCUUCUAGUCCCUCACCCCCUUGUGAAAGUAUCCAAUGCUAAGGACCAGCACCCGCAACUUCUCUCCUACAAGAACCAACUCCACUUUUCAUCUCCCGACUCACUGGUCGCGAAAACCGAUAAGCUGGAGAGGAUAAGACGGACGCGUGCAGUGCUCAGAGCGAAACGCCUGGGCACUAAGCUUGGACUAGAAGUUGGAAAUUUUCGAGCGGACUCGUUUGAGAGUAUCAGGCGAUUGCAAGCACAUAACCUGAAACUGCAGGAUUUAUGCGCGGUUCUUGGAGUAACCUCCUAACGAGUAGUUCCCUCCCAUUCUCCCACUCCUAACUACCACUUCUAACCCCAGUAGUCACUUCCGCAGAGCAGAUCAACGUACGAGAUCCCUUGUCCAGAGAACUGCAGGUUGCAAUAGCCGAAGCCGCAAAUGCAAGGAUACAGACGAACCUGACGAAAAUGGAGCUCAUUAAGCGGCUAGAAGGCACGGACGCUGGCAGCAUCGUAAAACCGGCAAUACAAAUCCUACAGGAAAGAUGGCAAGCGGUGCAAGAAUGGUCGUUGAGUACCAUGUUCAAAAAAGAGGGAAAAACGGUUUUCAGGUAUUGUUUGUGUGUAAUCAUCUCGCUGUGGUUUUGCAAAUGUCACAUUCAAACACAUACAGACACGACUUCUGCAGAUACACCUGCCACCUGCCUCAAUCUCAAUGUCUUAUUUCCACUUGUUCUGUAAUAUUUGAUCUCAUUUCUCCACAGCAAUCGCAAGCUAUCGCCAGAUCAGUGCUUUGAUCGGCUAGUUGCUAUGUCAGAGCAGGGGCUUGAUCGCAUAGCAGAACAGUUCGAUCGAGAUGCCGUUCUCACACGUGAUUUGGUUCUUUUAUGGUCUAGCUCUAGGUUCUUGGUAAACAUUUAGAUUGAAGAAAUAGAGUUAGAGAAUAGAGUUAGAGACUAAGGUGGAGGAAUUGGUAGGUUAGCUGAGGACUUUGAUGUCUUAGAAGAGGAUGAACAAAAACACUUGUCUGGACAUGUGUGCUCUUCAUUCUUUCCGGGCAUCGUCUACGAGCUCCUACUCGACAACGUUCGCAUGCGGAAGCUUUGUAACCUGUAUCAGUUACGAGUACUGCUCAUACAUAGAGUUAAGGCAUACCAUGUCAUCUCAUUUUAUUUCAUCAUUUCGACGGCUCAACAUUUUCGUGCUCAUUUUUCCCUGAAAUUAUAUAUACCUGAGUUGAAAUGAGCUGAGAUGAAAUGAGCUGUCCUGUCAAGUACUAAAACAGGAAAAAACCUCUUCCAAGAUCCGGAAGCGACCUUGCCGAAAGAAGAAGUAAUAUUUGGAGGAGCCGAAGUUCCUGUUGCCUGGAGAGGAGACCAGGGAGAGACGAAGAGUAUACUAGGCGGCGUGAGUGGGGGAGGGGGCAUGUUUGGUGGCAUGUUUGGAGGGGGAGGGUAGAUUUGGAUGGAUUCGUAGGAAGGAGCCUGAGGUUUUUUCAUAUUCAGAGAAUAGAUUCAAAAUCAAGAUAAUCACUGGAUAAGGUAAAGGUUAAUAGGGAAAAUUAAUAUUACGGAAGCUAAAGGAAAAGGACUAGGACAUUCACUACGAACUGCUCAUCUUUCGUCACGGCUACUCCUGAUUCCUUUUCCUCUCACGAUGUUGCACAGCGAUGGAAAGAAGCUGAUCCGCCGUGCGGCAGUCUGCACUGCAUUCUGUGCGAGGUUAAUUGUGGUGCGUUGUAUUGGUGAGAAGUCGUGGUGAAUGAAGAUUUCUCUUAUUCUUCAACAUCCACUUGUACAUGCACAUGCUUCGUGCCAUUUACAGUCAAUAUCCC